AUGAAUGCUGACCCAUCAGAUCGUCAAGAUUCCACCGCCACCGCUGUUCCCGUCGCAAUAUGUGGAAUGGGAAUGAGACUCCCUGGUGGAAUCCAUGACGAUGCCACUUUAUAUGAGUUUUUGCUGAACGGAAAAGAUGCGCGAUCUUACACAGGUUGUUCCCGAUAUGACGUUCGAAAGUUUUACGAUCCUACGCCCCGACCGGGCACCAUACAAACAAAGCAUGGGUACUGGCUUCAGGAUAUUGACCUGUCCAAUUUUGAUACCUCCAUGUUCAAAAUGUCGGGCCCGGAAGUGGAGCGUCUAGAUCCUCAACAGCGUUUGCUCCUGGAAGUCGUGUGGGAAGCUAUGCAGAACGCGGGCGAGACCAGGUGGCAAGGAAAAGAGAUUGGCUGCUACGUUGGAUCUUUCCGUGAGGAUUGGCUCGUCCUACAUCACUCAGAUCCCCUCGACAUAAACCCCUUUGAAGUCUCUGGGUCGGUUGACUUGGCAUUGGCUAACCGGAUCUCCUAUGAGUUUGAUUUCAAGGGACCAAGUAUGACAGUCAAGGUCGGCUGUUCGGGAUCAGGAACGUGCCUGCAUCUGGCUUGCCAGGCCAUCGCCCACGAAGAUUGCACGUCCGCCAUAGUAGCUGGAUCAAGCAUCAUUCUCACUCCAGGGGUGAACCAGUCCCUGAAUGGGGUAGGUGUAUUCUCGGCCGAAGGAUCGUGCAAGUCAUUUGACGCAUCAGCGGAUGGAUAUGCACGAGCAGAGGCAGUUAAUGCUAUCUAUGUGAAGAGACUGGACCUGGCUAUUCGAGAUGGGAACCCUAUUCGCGCUGUCAUCCGGGCUACGGCAGUCAAUAGCGAUGGCAAUACUUCUGCUUUAGUACGUCCAAGCGCGGAUGCACAUGAACAGCUUAUUCGAAAGGCCUACCGCAGGGCUGGUAUUCUCAAUUUCUCCGAGACCGCCAUGGUAGAAUGCCAUAGUACAGGUACAGCUAUUGGAGACCCAAUCGAGGCAGAUGCUAUUGCACGCGUGUUUGGGGAUGAAGGCAUCCAUAUUGGGUCGGUGAAACCAAAUCUCGGGCACCCAGAAGGCGCCGCUGCCUUGAACAGCAUUAUGAAAUCGGUGCUUUCCCUCGAGCGAGGCAUCAUUCUCCCCAACAUCAAGUUCGACACUCCAAACCCCAGCAUACCCUUCCAAGAGGGCAAAUUGGUUGUGCCCCUUCAGGCCACGCCAUGGCCUGGCAACAGGCAAAAACGGAUCAGUAUCAACAGUUUUGGCAUAGGUGGUGCUAAUGUUCAUAUUAUAUUGGACUCAGCCGAGUCUUGUGGGAUAAACAUGGCUAGCCCACAGGUCAUGCCAACUGAUUUCGAGGGUUGGAACCACUGCAGGCUCCUUACAUUCUCCGCAGCCCAUCCGGAAUCUCUAGAGCGGGUCAUAGACAGUCAUCGGCAGUACAUCAAGCAGCACCCAGAUAGGCUUCCGAGUCUUGAGUUUACUCUUUUGAACCACCGCGAACAUUUACUGCAUCGGGGAUAUUGUGUAACGACGGGAAAAGAACCUCUACAUGUUUCUGUUCAGUCCAAAAGUAAACCACCCAGUCAGGUCUGCUUUGUAUUUAAUGGACAAGGCGGUCAAUGGGCACAGAUGGGGAAGGAACUGAUGGAACAGCAUCCCACCUUCCACGAAGAUAUCAGAAGGAUGGACUGGUACCUGCAACGGCUACAGGAUGGGCCUCGCUGGACGAUUGAAGCCGAGCUUUCCAAGCCGAAAGAAACCAGCCACAUCGACCUCGCACCAUAUGCGCAGCCACUCAAUACGGCCCUUCAAGUUGCUCUGGUCAACCUCCUAGUGAGAUGGGACAUAACUCCAUCCAAUGUUGUCGGUCACUCCAGCGGAGAAAUUGCCGCUGCAUAUGCCGCUGGUGUGCUUGAUAUGGAAGAGGCUAUUAUUGUUUCAUACUUCCGCGGGAAAGUCUUUGAGAACCGAAAAAGACGUGGUGCGAUGGCAGCAGUCGCAUUGGGGAGGAAAGAGAUUUCCUCUUACCUUGAACCUGGCGUAGUGAUUGGGUGUGAAAAUAGUGCGUCUAGUGUGACCCUUUCCGGCGACAAAGAGGCCCUGGAGACCGUCACAGCCGCAUUGCAAAUUAAAGAGCCUAGUGCCAGUAUUCGAAUCUUAAAUGUUGAUACGGCAUACCAUUCUCCUCAUAUGCGCGAGGUCGGUGAACCCUAUUUUCAAUCAAUCGCCUCUCAUGUCAAGCCCAAACCACCAAAGGUUCAAAUGUGGUCAACCGUGGCAGGGAGUGUGCUUCCCAUGGGCUCAUCAGUAAGCCAAAAAUACUGGAAAACCAACCUCGAAAAUCCAGUAUUGUUCUCAUCCGCUAUCAAUUCUCUUCUCGCUGAGUACAACGGAAGCCAUACUUUCCUCGAAAUUGGCCCUCACUCCACGCUCGCUGCCCCACUCAACCAACUUCUUCGAGCUGGCUCUUUGGAUGGCAGCUACGCUUACAUCCCGACCUUGAAGCGAGGGCAGAAUAGCUCAGAAUGCUUUUUAGCAGCUGUGGGCCAGCUAUUUGCUAUUGGGAAUGACGUCCGGUGCCCAUCAUCUGCCGCCGAGGCAAGAGUUCUGACCGAUCUACCAGCUUACCCAUGGCACCAUGACAGGAAAUUUUGGCAGGAAACAAGGGUUAUGAGGGCUUCGAGGCUCCCCACAGCACUGCCUCACGAUCUUCUUGGUCGGCGGAUAUUGGAAGGCAAUGAACUUUACCCGACUUGGAGGAUAAUGUUAGAGUUGCGUCAUGUACCUUGGCUGAGGGAUCACUGCAUUCACAAGGACGUCGUGUUCCCUGCUGCUGCAUAUAUUUCGAUGGUCGGUGAGGCUAUUCGCCAGUUGACUGGGGAAGUUGAGUACACAUUGAAAAAUGUUGUCUUUCAUACGGCUAUGAUUAUUCCUGAAACGGGUCCCAAAGAGAUUAUAACGGUUCUUGAGCGACAGCGCCUGACAAACACAUCAGAGUCCUCGUGGUACAGAUUUAAUAUAUCAUCUUAUGAUGAAACUACAUGCAAGAAACACUGCACAGGUCUAGCUUGCGCAGGCAGUACGCCAGUGUCGCCCGACCGAGCAACUAAGCCUCUCCCAAGAAAGAUCCAGGGAAAUCGAUUCUACAAAUCCCUAGCCAGGGCAGGUUUCAUUUUUGGGCCCAGCUUUAGACGGCUUGUAGACUUAUCCACUGAUGUCAUGGAAUCCAUCGCACAGACUACUGUUAUCGAUGAUCAACCGGGUAACGAAUCGGAAUAUGCUUUGCACCCAAUCACACUGGACUCUAUCUUUCAAUCAUUGAUUCUGGCAGCCUGCAAGGGAGAUCUAGGAAUGCUUCUUCGGGUACGGCUGCCAACGUUGAUUCAGGAGAUAUCCGUUGGCCAUGGAGUCGGAAGGUCGAUCGAGAUACAUAGCCAUAUAAAUGAGCAUGACUCAGACACGGCCAAGGGAUAUUCUUAUGCAUACGUGGAAGACGGACUAGUGUCUUCAGUGAAAGGGUUUUGUACACGACCUUUGGAUGUUUCAGGGUUAAGCCCCAUGGACUCCAAAGUGGGAUACCUGCAGUGGGCACCCGAUAGCUCUUUCCAGGAGCUAGGGUCACUAAUAAAGGUGACUAUGGACCGUGAAAGAGACCAAGUGCUUGGGGAAACUCUUUUCCUCCUGUGUGCAUUAGGUGCCCGACAGGACCUCGAGAAAGCCACACCAGCACAGCCGCAUCUGCACAAGUAUUGCGCAUGGAUCCUCCUCCAGUUGGAGAAGGCGUCUAGGUCAGAGAAUAGUCUGGUGAAAAAUUCUGUUCAUCUUUUUAAAUUGAGCCCUAAAGACAGAGACCAGAUGAUCAAUAUGAUUUUGGAUGAAGCCCAGUCCAGCGAUUGUCGCCCCAUUUUUGAAUUACUUCUCAAGAUCUAUAACUCAUUUCCGCAACUGUUUGACGGCUCCCUGGAGCCGCUAUCGCUGCUUAUGCAGGACUAUUCGCUGGGGAACAUCUACAACACGGGCAACGCUACGUGGGACUACGAAGCAUUAUUCGCUGUUAUGGGGCAUUCCAAACCGCAGAUGAAGGUCCUCGAAAUUGGUGGAGGCACUGCAAGCCUCUCGGAGAAUAUACUGCAGUAUUUGCAGUCUGAGUUUGAAGAGCCGCUCUACCAAGUGUAUACCUUCACGGACAUCUCCACCGGAUUCCUUUCUCGUGCGAGGGAAAGGCUUCACCAUUACCCGAAUGUUGACUAUCAGCUUUUGAAUAUUUCGAAAGAUCCGGAAGAACAGGGACUAGGCAAAGAGAGUUAUGACUUAAUUAUCGCGUCUAAUGUCGUACAUGUUACCCCAAACCUGCAUGAUACAUUGACCCACAUCAGGAAACUACUUCGGCCAGAUGGCCGACUUUUCCUCGCGGAGAUAUGUGCCGUGACGAAGGUCUUUAAUUUUGUAAUGGGUAUCCUUCCUAGUUGGUGGGUCGGGGAGAAUGAUGGCCGAGUGGAUGAACCGUAUAUUGCCCCAGAGGAAUGGCAUUCGCGGCUGUACAAAGCUGGCUUCACUCAAGUUGAAGCAUCGAUCAGUGAUACGGAGCCCCCAUUCAGGGUGAACGCAACGUUCAUGGCCCGGACCGCGCGCCAAGAUUUCGUCCCGGAAAGAGUGACAUUAUUAUCCAAGGGAUUCGUCGGCAAACCCGCUCGUCAUGUCGAGAGAAUGCUAUUCGAAAUGGGAUGCAAGGUCCAGCAUGUUCUAUGGGGGAGUACACCGCCGAUUCAGCAGGACAUAAUCUCGUUUAUUGAAAUGGAGGGGCCAUUGUUUGAAGGCAUUACUGACACAGAUAUGGAAUUCUUUCAAGGCCUCGUCAAGUCACUAAGGAAUGUGAAGAUACUCUGGCUCAUGAAGCCUGCUCAGCUACAUGUCGACGAUCCGCGAUUUGGACUGUCACUCGGUAUGAUACGAACUAUUAGAUCGGAGCUUGGCCUUGCAUUUGCAACCUUGGAACUAGAUGAUGCCACGUCGGGCAAUUCUACGAGAGCCAUAACCGAUGUAUUUAAGCAUAUUAGAGGAAAGAAUGUGCAAAGGGGACGUUUCGACCUCGACGUGGAGUAUGUGUACUCGCAGGGAGCGGUUCACGUUGGUCGCUAUCAUUGGAGUUCAUUUUCCAGAGAGCUAGAGCAGCGCGUUCCUCCUAGAAGUGCGAAUGAACUGAUAGUGGGACAAUUGGGUGUCCUUCAGUCCCUGAAAUGGGCGCCACGGCAACUUGAUGGAUUACUGCCGCACGAUGUGCGAAUCAAAGUGCAUGCAGUGGGGCUGAACUUCAAAGAUGUGCUUCUUGCUUCCGGAAUCCUCGAUCUUAAGGGUGAAAGCGCUAUGCUUGGUAUUGAAGGGAGUGGUAUUGUGACUGCAGUCGGCACGGACGUGGCCAAUUUCAGUGUGGGAGACCGUGUGAUGGCCCUAUCAUCACAUCAGAGUUUGAUGGCAUCAGAAGCUCAGGUGGCGAGCACUCAUUGCAUAAAGAUCCCCGAUAGACUUGGGUUUGUAGAGGCCGCCACAAUGCCUUGUGUAUACCUCACCGUGCUUCGAAGUCUUGUCGAUAAAGCUCAACUACAAAGGGGCCAAUCUAUCUUGAUUCACAGUGCUUCUGGAGGCGUGGGUAUUGCCGCCAUAACAGUCGCCCGCUGGAUUGGAGCGGAGGUGCUCGUGACCGCUGGAACAGAAGAAAAGAGAACUUUCUUAAUGCGUCAAUUCGGCAUACUGCCAUCACGUGUUUUCGACUCUCGCUAUAGGACAUUUGUGGAUGGAGUCAGGGCAAUCACUUCUGGCAGAGGUGUCGACGUCGUUCUAAAUAGUGUUUCAGGAGAGUUGCUCCACGCGUCAUGGGAAUGUGUCGCCAGCGGUGGCUGUAUGAUUGAGCUUGGGAAGCGAGACAUACUUGGGAAUGGGAAUCUGGCAAUGCAUCCCUUCGGUGAUAAUCGUUCCUUCAUCGGCAUAGAUCUCGGUCAUCUAUCAAUAAAAGCACCUGUCAUCAUCGAGAGAUUACUGCAGCAAGCUGUCAGGCUUUAUAAGAACGGCGAUAUCGAGCCGAUUAACCCUGUGAGGUCUUUCAGCGCCAGGAAGGUGCAGGAAGCAUUCCAACAUCUGAGACAGGGUCAACAUAUUGGAAAGGUUGUGUUAGCUCUCACGGAAGGUGAUGCACCUGAAUUGGCUCCAAUUAUAUCUACUCCAACAUUCCGCAAGGAUGCUGCUUAUCUCCUCGUUGGGGGGCUAGGUGGUCUAGGAGGAUCGAUUGCGACAUGGAUGGCAUCACACGGGGCCGGCAAUCUAGUUACCCUUUCACGUUCUGGGAAUAAGUCUGAAGAUGAUCGACACAUAGUUGCCGAAAUAGAAGCUUUCGGCUGCUCGGUGCAGAUGUUCAAAGGUGAUGUUAGUGAGGAAGAAGACGUGAGACAUCUUGUUCGAAAUACAUCAAGACCUAUAGCGGGUAUGGUUCAUAUGGCAAUGGUGCUCUCGGAUGCGCCUGUACUCGAUAUGACUGUAGCCCAUUGGGAAGCUGCUAUCAACCCCAAGGUCAAGGGUGCGUGGAAUCUCCACAAUGUACUGCCGAAAAAUUUAGACUUCUUUAUUCUUUUCGCAUCGCUGUCCGGAAACCUUGGUUACUACGGACAAUCGAACUACGCGGCAGCCAACACUUUCCUUGACGCCUUUGUGCAAUAUCGCCAUGGGCUCAACUUGCCGGCUUCAGUGAUCGAUCUUGGGGCCGUGGAAGAUGUGGGUUUUGUCAGCCGCCAUCCGGAAAUCUUGAAGAGAUUGAACAAUACGUUCGGCCAAACGGUCUCAGAGGAGGAGUUGCGUAAUGCCUUUCAUCUGGCUGUCACCCGUCCUGGUCCAGGUCGUCCGGAUAUCGGAAAAUAUCCAGCAUCGCGUCACUACAAUGCAAGUCAGAUAGCCGUCGGGUUAGUUCCUACCUCAACGGCCGCAUUCCUGGCGCGCGAUCCGCGGCUCUCGGUCUUCUACAAUCUGAAACAAGGCCAGAAGACACAGAGGAAGAAGCAAGACAGUAAACUGGACACGUUUGUGGAUGAUGUUAAGACCAACCCAACAUUGCUCGAUGACCCAAAUUCGGUACGCCUAAUCUCCAGGGAAAUCCGAAAGCAAGUAGAAAUUUUGAUGAUGAUCGAACCGCAAAGUGAUGGUGCUCUUCCGACGCUCAGUCAGAUCGGUGUUGACUCUCUUGUGGGGAUCGAAAUACAAAACUGGUGGAGAAGCAUGUUUGGGGUUGAUGUGACUCUACUCCAGUUGCUGGAGGCAGAUAGUUUCCAGAACUUGGGUGAGCUUGCUGUCCGUCAGCUGAAUGAGCUUACGCGUGGGGAAAGGGAGUCACCCGAUGAAACGAGUAGCAAGGAACAAUCAAGUGCACUAGAUAAUCGUGCCGAAAGUCAGAGAACUGAUUCCCAAACGGAAUCGUAUGAUGCUGGCAAUAAUAUUGCCCCAUCAAGCCCUUAUUACGAUAUGUUCAGAGAGGAUCAUAAUAAUGUAUCGUUUGAGGGCAAGCGACUCAGGGACGAUGGUCAUGUUGUCAUUCUCACGGGGUCUACAGGCACAUUAGGUACUUAUAUACUUCUCGAGCUCCUCCAGAUGCCGAAUAUCCACCGAGUAUACUGUCUCUGUCGGUCUGCUGAUGCUGCGAGUCGACAAAUACGCGGCUUCCAGCUUCAGGGCCUCGGAGUCCCGGGAAGUUUCAAAAAUCGCGUCGAAUACAUCCGCGUCGACCUCCCGGCACCAAAAUUAGGCAUGCCGGAUACAAAGUACGAGGAACUGAGGUUGUCAGUAGACAUUAUUAUUCACUGUGCCUGGGAGCUGAGCUUUUCCAAGGCAUUUGAUAUAUUCGAGCGGAUACACAUCCGGGGGCUUUCUCGUCUAUUUGAGCUCAGUCAGAGCUGUCAAUACUGGCCCCAUAUCCAUUUCAUGUCUUCACUGUUAGCCCUAUAUGCCAAGGAGACACAAUAUUCAUCAUCUAAUGUCCAAGGUCCCGGCCAAAAGCCGGUCUCCCCGUGGCCUAUUGGAUAUACUGAGUCAAAGCUUAUUGCGGAAGAAAUGUGUAAGCUUGCAUCCACGAAGUGGGGCCUACCUACCACUGUAUACCGGAUUGGGCAGAUUGCAGGCAGUAGUAGUGGCAAUGGGGUGGUUUGGGACAGAAACCAGUGGCUUCCUUCAAUUAUGCACAGCUCCAAGCUUAUUCGCAAAGUGCCUAAUUCAUUGGGACCGGCGGAAGUAACCUGGAUGCCUGUGGACCAAGCAGCCAAAGCCAUCUGCGAAAUAUUCCAGUCAAGAUCAUCAUCAAAUGGUGUGGCUGACUCCAACGUCACAUUCAACGUUGUCAACCCAUGCUUGACACGUUGGGAAUCUCUCCUACCUGUCAUUCAGAAGCAUUAUGCGGCUGAAGUAGUCGAGUCUGAUAUUUGGCUUUCAGAGGUGGAAAAACAUGAAUCUCUGACUGGAGGAAGCGCAGAAACUAUACCCACGCGGCUUUUACUGCCACUAUAUCGACAGAUAAUGGAGCUGUUCAAUCACGGAUGGACUAGGCCUUCGUAUGAUACUGAGAGGACUAAUUUGGCAAGCGAGACGCUGCGUAAUAUGGGUCCUAUUACCCCGGAGAUGAUGGAGCGUUGGAUUCAGCAAUGGAAUUUUUGA